CGCGCCGCCCGCCCGCCUGCCCGCCCGCGCCCGCCGCCGCCCCGCCGCCCCCAAGAUGUGGCACAACGUGGGGCUGACCCUGCUGGUGUUCGUGGCCACGCUGCUGAUCGUGCUGCUGCUGAUGGUGUGCGGUUGGUAUUUUGUUUGGCAUCUUUUUUUGUCAAAAUUCAAGUUUCUUCGGGAACUGGUGGGAGACACCGGAUCCCAGGAGGGAGACCGUGAGCCUUCAGGGUCUGAGACUGAAGAAGAUGCUUCACCGUCUCCGCACAGGAUCAGGUCCACUCGCCAGAGGAGGGCCCCUGCGGAUGAAGGCCACUGAGCCAGCCGGUCCUGUGAUAGCGAAUGACCAAGGGUCCUGGGAGUCUCUCUGUAAUGAUUGGGCUUUGCAGUUUGCUAAAGGAGUGAAGAACGUUCAUUCUUGGAUUCUAAGUCCAGUUCAAAAAAAGAUUUACAUGUAAGCCAUAUGCAAAUAAAGGGAAUUUCAACCAAAUUGGACCAUUGCGGAUUUCAUCGUUAAGAUAAUUUUUGCUUAUAUGCUUCAACAUAUAUACUUUUUCUUUCACCCUUGGGCUUUUUUUCUUGCACUGGUGGUAAUCUGAUAAAUAUUACAGGCUUGAAAAACCAUAUUUUAUUAAUGCUAGUUCUGUUCCAUGUUCCCCCUCCCCCUCUGCCCCCACAUCAUGCCUUGUCUGAAAUGGGGAUAAUCUCACGGUUACAGUCCACCAGGCAACAGUCAUGAUGUAAUCACCCUCGCCUGGGCACAUGUGAACCUCAGGCUUGUCAUAGCAUCACUGAUUGUUGGUAUCAAAUGUGGCAGGUUUAAUUGGCUUUUAAAAAUGUCUUCAAAAAGAUUGCACUAUGAUUCAGCCUUGAAACGAAAAGUCAUCGUGUAUGCAGAAAAGCAUGGGAACAGAGCAGCGGGGCGUGCGUUCCAUAUCAGCGAAGCAAAUAUCCGUCGCUGGAGGAGCGACCGAAACUCCAUAUUUUCCUGUAAAGCCACCACAAAGUGCUUUACGGGCCCUAAGAAAGGAAGAUACCCACAGGUCGACGAGGGUGUGCUACACUUUGUCAGUGAGACGCGUGCAAAAGGACUGCCCAUCACACGCCAAGCAAUGCAGCUGAAGGCCGGAGAAAUUGCCAAAGCCCUCGGAAUAGACAAAGCGAAGUUCAAAGCCACCAGAGGCUGGUGUGAUCGAUUCAUGCGCCGAGCAGGGCUGUCCUUGAGGCGUCAAACCUCACUGUGUCCAAAGCUUUCUGCUAACGUUAACCCGCGGGCGGUGCCCGAGCGCCGUUUAAAGCGGUGCUCCAUCCCCGGCGCUCUUGACGAUGCCCAGGGGGCUGUGGUCUGGAGAAAUGCAGAUGCCCAUCUGCACGAUUCCGAAGAGUUAGACUCAGACUACGACGUUAUAGUCAUCACUUAACCAGCUUAUUUCGUCAUGCACUUCCUUGACAUGUGCACAAGGUUGAUGCAAUAAAUACCUGUUUAAAAGCUCUGUUCUAGUAAAUCAGAAAGCUAGACUUUCUGCAGAAUACAAAAGCAUCGUGUCAUAGUUGAAUUGCCUGUGUCUUUUCUUAGUGAUAUAUAUGGUGCAUCUUACCGUCGAUGGUAUCUUAGGUUAGGGGAAAAAAAAAUAGUCUGUAAAUUUAUUUUUAUUCCUAGGAUAGCAACUAUUUAUUGGGGAACUUAAUUCUGACUCUUACCAUAUCGUUUAAAUAGCUAUCCUCUGAGACACAUUUUGGGGCACCCUGUUCAUGAUUCUAGAGUAGAAAUGCGGGGAUCUGGGUUCUGUCCUCUUCCUUCAGGAAGGGUAGGCUUCCUUACUCCUUGCACAUGGGAGGACUUCAUGCUCAAGGCAUGUGCCAUGGAGAAAACAUUUCACAAACAGCAAUUCAGUGACAAGGCCUCCGAGGUGCUGGGUAUUGAGAGAGUGGGUGGAAAUGCCCGCUUUACUGUAAAGUGAUUCUUGCCAUGAUCCCUUGUUUGUCUUCACUGAACUUUGGACUGAGUGUUUCCUGGGGAAGAGAGCUAUGCGUUAAAGAACUUUCCCACUUAGUGUUGCCUGCUUUAUAUGAGAAUAAAUUGCAAAGCCAACUUAUUUUAUUAAUCUUAAGUUCUCUCUCUGUUUUAAACGUUUGUUUCUCAAGAACUAGUCAUUACAGAGUAUCACCUCUAUUUUACCACUGUGUAAUUUUGUUUGAUACCUCGUACUCCAUGCUGAUAGUUUUAUUAACAGGUCACCUACUCUGCCCCGAGUUGAUGAACACCUGUGCUGUUGUUGUGGCCCUUUGCAUGUACUAAAAGGGAAUUUACAGAGUUUAACUUUACUUUUCAAUAUUUGCUAAGGGGAGCGGUCCCCAGCAGCUGAGAGUGGGGCACCGUCUUUAUUUCCUUACUGGAUACAGUUUUCUACCUUUAUGUGACUAUAUUGAUCAAGCAUUCAUUUUAAUGCUUUCGUACUAGCUAAAUAUCACUUUAAAGUGCUCAUCAGGUAGGGCAGAACUUCAUGCUUCUUGGUGCUGGGAGGAUAUUUGAAUUGGAUCUUUCACAGGCUGAUAUUUGGAGCUAUGGAUUCUGCUUUGUAGUAGAUGUCUUAGGUUAGAUAAUAGUUGCUGACCAACUUUUUUAGUAGCUGGAAAGCUUCCUAUUGUGUCAGUAUUAAGAAUGAUGACCAACAUAACCCCUAAAAUAUGCAAGGGUCAUCCACAAUUUAAUCCAUGAAAAGAUGUACAUGUUGGUAUUAUUUAUUAAUGUUUAUGCUUUUAUGGAUGUCUUUAAAAAUAGAAUUUUAAGAAAUAUUCUGCUUAGCUUGCUUGGAAAGUAUGCCCAAAGCAUAUUAAUAGCUCACACUCUGCCAUGUUUUAACUCUUAGGAAAGUAAAAAGAAGUUGCUGUUGCCAAUAUGAAAAUUCUACAAACUGAUUCCUUUGUUUGAAACAUUUUCCCCCCUGCACACCUCUUUUCUUAAUAGACUCACCAUAGUCCCUAUUUCUAAGGCCACUGAGAGAGGCAAGAGAAAUAGUUAACACAGUUACUUGUGUGAUAUAGUGUUUCUAUUUUUAUUUUUCCUGUUUUAAUGCUUUUGUAGCUGAACUUACAGAGCUCAUCAUAAGUGCAUUUUCAGUUUCUUAGUAGCCUGUGGUUGAUUUUGAAGCUUGGAGGGUUCUGGGCAUGAAAAAAAAAAACAAGUAUUAGUCUUUUCUGAAUGCUCUCUAACAGUGAUGGUGACCACGGAUGCCCUCGUUGGAGGAUUAAUUCUAAAAUGAGAGGACUCUGGUGGGUGCUUUCAUUUCUGUCCAACCCACCACUUAUAAAUUGUGUUUCUUCUUUUGCUUCUGAAACUUCUGUGAAAAUUGCAUAUCUCAGAUUUAUUGGUAGCAUUGCUCUGAUUUCAAGGCCACAAGACACUAAAUGUUUGUGUGACGCUGUUAAAUAAAGUUUUUAAGAUUUACAUUUAUCCAUUGGGUCUCUGUAGUGAUGUUUUCGUGGUGGGAACAUCGUUUUGUGGUGGAUAGCCAAUUUACAUGCUGACCCAUUUCUUUAGAUGUUAUCAGAUUUAAAAACAAUUUCAACCUGUCAUUUUAACUGAAAGUUGGGAAUAUAGUAAGUAAUGAUUUCACAAAAUAGGGCAUUUUAAACCAAAAUGUGUUGAAAGGUUUGAAAGUAGUGCGUUUUUACUUUUUAGAGCUCCGUGCUGCAGUAUUUUUAAAUUCAGUUUUUCUUAAAAGCUAUGUUUUAAUGUAACAUGUAACCAAUGUAACAUUAGCUUUUGACUGGUAAACUUGAAGUGCUUUUAUAUUUCAGGUUGAUUUUAAAAAGCCAAUGAGCAGUACUCAAAGGUUAUGGGUUCUUAAGCGAUUAAUGGAGUGGUAUUUUGAUAUGGAGUCUAAAAUGAAAGCACCUUGAAUUGUCUGCUUUUAAAGUAUUCUAUAGUUUUUAACUUAAAGCAUAAAGAGUAACAUUUUAUCUUAUAUUAAUAAAAAUUAAAUUUUCACUCAUUAAUGUACAUGUGUCACUUGCUUUAUGACCAGUGUUUAUUACCCUUUAAGUUCUAUGCAUAACCAUUAGCCAAAUACCGCUGCUCUGGUUUCUUGAAGGAAACGUUCUGUGCUAUGCUACGAUGUAUUGUCAUCUUGCUGCUUGACAAAUAGGUUUAUAAGGAAUUAGAACUGUGUGUGUUCAUAAUGCCUUUGUAUAACAAGAUGAGGAGUCCGUGUAAAUGUUAUUUGCUGUAAAACAGUUACUCGCUGUUACAGUUUUAAAACUGGUCAACACUAUGUCUAAAGCUUCUGUGGUUUGUCUGUAUGAUGUCACUUUACAAAGAAUAAAUUAAAGUGAAAACAAAA